AUUUUAUAAAAGUUCUAGUGAUUUUUAUGAUUCGUGGUAUGUGUUAGCUAGUUAAAAUGGAGGGGCGGAGGAAUUGGGACGGCAUGCCUUUAGGCGAAUCGCACUCUCCUCCACAAUCAGUGCCAGGCCGAAGGACCCCUUUGGGGGCUGUCGGUCUGGGCGGCUUCUAUAUGCAAGGAGGCCAGCCUCCGCCUCCACAACAUUGCUAUCCCACUGAUGAAAACCAACCGGAACCAGGCACCAGCUAUGGCCAACGGGCACUUGGUGAUGGAAAAUCGAAACAGAAAAUGCGCCAGGGCAAAAACGUGAGGUUAAAUAUAAACGCUAGAGAGAGAAGACGAAUGCACGAUUUAAACGACGCAUUAGAUGAACUACGAUCUGUGAUUCCAUAUGCCCAUUCGCCAUCUGUUAGGAAACUGUCCAAAAUUGCCACGCUACUGCUAGCCAAGAAUUACAUUCUUAUGCAAGCCAGCGCACUCGAGGAGCUACGCAGACUCGUUGCCUAUCUCCAAGGAACUGCUACAGCCGCAGGCAUCGUUGCCCCACCAGGCUUCGAUCUAGCGGGUCUACCGGCAACUACUAAACUCCUUCAGCCACCAUCGUUGGGACCACCAGCACCUCCUGAUCCACCUUCUUGAGACCCAAUGGUAAAAAUGGAACCUCAUUGAUACUAUGAACUGCCGUCUGAAGUAUAUAAUAAGAUAUAGGUAUUAAAGAAAAGAUAUGUGUAGAAGUAAUUUGGUAGAAAAACUGUCUCUAUAGAUGUUACCUUAAUUAUAGUGUUAAUCUAGACUUUGAAAAUAUAGUGUGUGUAGAAUAUUCCUUAGAAAUGGACAACCCAGCAUAGUUUCUUGCAUUCUCUGUACACAAACUGAAUUCGCUAACUCCAAAUUCAAAUUUCAUGAAUCCAAAAGUAUAUCGUCAUAUAUCUUGAUAUGACGUUGACAGCUGACACUAACAUUUUGGAUAAAGAAUUCUCCCUCUCUCAUAGAGCUCUAUGGCUCUAUAGCCCCAAAAUGAAAAAUACGAAAAAAACUUUAUCCUAGGCGUGCUAUUAUGCAACAUAAAUCGAAUAUGUGAAUGACUUUAGUGAUGUUACUAUUAAUCCGUAGCAUAAGCGUGUCACGCCUGGCAAAAUAGUUUCCUCUAUGCCCCUAUUUAUUUUUUCUGUAUAUUUUAUUUUUUUAUAAAUUUAACUAAAAAAGGACGAAAAUUGUAAAAAUUAUGAGGUAAAGGGAAGAAUUUACUUACUUCACUUAAAAAGGAAAAAGUUAUACAUAUAUGCCUAAAUAGUGCAACACGCAGUGAGAAAAGACUCUCGCACUUUUAUUUGUCUUUUCUUUGUUUACAAACUGCGAUAUUAUUCUGCACAGCGUAGAUUAGUUAAGUUUUAUCUUUGCCAAAACUUAAUUAUUUGUUCUCAAUUAAUUAGUGUUGUGGAAACGAACUUAAAUUAGAUUUCUAUCCACCAGAAUACUCUGGACGCUUAAGGUUGCUCAGAAUACUAUUUUAUUGGAAUAAUUGAAGAUGAAAAUUAUCUGCGCCAUUUUGUUCGCUUGGAAACAGUGAUAUAAGCGGCAAAGGGAUAAGUUUUCAUACUAUGUAGGAUUAUUGGACAUAUUCCAUCUUUUUAAUGCAUCCACUACUAUAACUUAUACUUAAAUAGUCAUUUCUAAGUCUACGAAGUGUAACGGGUGGCAAUAUGUAUGUAAAGCGUUUAAAGACCAUAAGAUUAUAAAUCUUUUAAUUUUAUAUAUCAUUUUAUAUAAUUUUAAUUAUAACGUACGAAGUACCUAAUGCUCAUUAAUCAACAAUGCUCAUCUUAAACUAUCCAGUACUUAUUUCGCAUAAUUACAACAAUUCCUGUUUUUUCAAAAUUCCUCACAAUUCUCGCUCAUACGUAGAAGAAUUUAAUUCAUAAGGAUGUACAUGAAAAUGGUAUGUUAGCUCCUAAUAAUAAAAGUUGUAGUAGGUAUAUAUAUUACUACGUAAGUAUUUAUAGGGGAAUAAUAUCUUCUGUAGAAGAAGAUACUGUGAAUCAAUGUGCCAAAAACUAGUAGUUGUAUAUUAAUUAGAUAACUUUAUAUAAAUAGGAGGAUAUAUGUAAUAAUUAUUGUAUUAAUAUCGCCGAUGUAGGUACCAAAGUAGGUAUGAAAGUAUUAUUUUAUUUAUUUAUUAACACUUCGUUACAUAACAAUAUAAAUUUGAACAUAGUUAAAUGAAAAGGA